UCGCCCGUUGUGGCAGGAGCAUCCCCGGAAGUGAAGCGAUCACAGUAGCGCCUCUUCCUGUUUCGGGCUGGCGAGCAACAUGAAGCUGCUCACGCACAACCUGCUGAGCUCCCACGUGCGGGGCGUGGGUCCCCGCGGCUUCCCCCUGCGCCUGCAGGCAACCGAGGUCCGCAUCAACCCCGUGGACUUCAACCCCGACUUCGUGGCGCGCAUGAUCCCCAAAGUGGAGUGGGCGGCGCUCCGAGAGGCGGCCCAGACGCUGCACCUGGCUGAGCUCCCGGAGCAGCCUGCCGAGGGCUACGAGGGCGACGAGGAGUUCCUGCGCAAACUGCAUCACGUGCUGCUGGAGGUCGAGGUUCUGGAGGGCACCCUGCAGUGCCCCGAGUCGGGGCGGCUGUUCCCCAUUAGCCGCGGGAUCCCUAACAUGCUGCUGAGCGACGAGGAGACCGAGGCGACGUGACCACGCGGGGCUCAGUGACACACUCA